ACAUAUUACAUAUGUUUUUAUUUUAUUUUUAUUUUUAACACAGUCUCCGACAUAACUCUUCAAUUUCAUCUUCAAGCCAUUUCUCAAGCAGUUCUCUAAGUCUUCGUUCGAUUUGGUUCUUCAACCCGUUCUCUCUCUUUCCUUCUCAAGCCAUUCUCGAUUUUUCAAGGAAUGCCGGAGAAAAAGCCAGUGAUCGGUCUCUCGUGGCAACCACAGUUACCUUUUCCAUCUCUGUCAAAGGCUACAAAUGAUCCAUCUCAUGCCCAACUUCAAGCCAAGGCACCAAGUAGCACUAUUUGGAAACCAAAUUCAGAGUUGGUUAAUGGGCUAUUCGUUCCUCCUAAUGAUCCCAAAAAAUUAAAUAAGUUAUUGAGACAGCAAGUUAAGGAUACUGCUGGAAAACAAUGGUUUGACAUGCCUGCUCAAACCAUGACCCCUGAGCUGCAGAGAGAUCUGAAGUUACUAAAGUUGAGGGAUGCCUUUGAUCCAAAACGGCACUACAAGAAGGGUGAUUCAAAGUCAAAGACUCUUCCAAAGUACUUUCAGGUCGGAACAAUUGUAGGCUCCCCGCUGGACUUCUUCUCAGGCAGAUUAACAAAGAAAGAGAGGAAAGAAACGCUUGCAGACGAGUUGCUUGCUGAUCAAAACCAGUCAGCUUACAGGAAGCGAAAGGUUCGAGAAAUCGAAGAGCAGAGGCAACCAGCUGGGAAUGAAAAGUGGAAGAUCAAUGGUCAAAGUUCGCGGAAACGUGCAAAAGAAAGGAGGAAGUUCUGAAUUUUACACACCGUUGGAGUUUUGCAUUCAGUUUUGUUCACAUGUCAGGAAAUUAUUGCAAUAGAACAGUUUAUAAUUAUGGAAAUUCAUGUUUGUAAUUUCUUUCAACUAGCAUUUGUGUUAUACUGGUCACUAUUAUGAAGAAAGGUUUUCUUUUUA